UGGACCUGAGUGCGAGCAGGUGUCAGCACUCAGGCCAAUCAGGGAGUGUUUGUACUUAUGUGCCUGCUUUGUGUUGUAGUGAGGAGAAAGGAAUCCAGGAGAAAACGGACCAGAGAGAUCCAGAACGGACCAAAGAGAUACUCUGAGAGAACCUUUGUUAUAGUUAAAGUAUUUUUGUUUGGCUUUAAAGACAAUAAAACGAUCUCCUGCUGAGGGACGACAACUCUGCCUGCUCUCACUCAUUUGGAACCCGUUACAGUUGUUACUUAGGCUCCAGAGAUAUGACAUAGAAGUGACGCAUGUUCCUGGAUAUGACAUGGUGCUUGCCGAUAAAGUAGAGCAUACUUGCCUGAGAGCACAACAAAAGGGUCAGUAGAAGCUGAGAUUGAGACCAUUGAGAUGGUUAAUUACUUUCCUAUCUCAGAGGAGAGAAUCUGCACAAUCCGUUCUGCUACAAGAGAACACAAAAAAAUGCAGACACUGCUCAAAACCAAUCAAAAGGGAUGGCCUCAAAAAAAGAACGACACACCAAGGGAUGUCAGACACAACUUUUCAUUCCAGGAGGAGUUGAGCGAUCAAGAAAGGAUCAUCUAAAAGGGAGAGAGCUAUGAUUCCCAACUAACUUAGAAGUGAGAUCACCCCGCGUAUUCACUCCUCCACUCACCUUUUGGUAGAGGGAUUCCUCAGGAGGGCCAGAGAAUGUGUUUACUGACAAGGAAUGAACAAUCAUAUAAAGACAGAAUAUCAAAGUGUGACAUAUGCAGGUUAGUGGAUAUAAAACAACAGAAAGAGACACUACAUCCACAUGACAUAGGGUGAACCUCAUCCCUUGGGUAUCCACAAAGCAACAAUAAGGCAGAGUAUGCCAUGAAAACUGCGAAAAGUUUGUUGCUGAAAGCUGAAGCAGCAGGUUAAGACCCUUACCUGGCAGUGCUGGAUCACCUCAACCCAGUCAAGGACUGAAUGCAGAGCAAUCUAAGAGAGUGGAAUGAUAACUUAUAUAAAGCCCAUCCUGCUAGUAGCCACUGAGUUUACCUCUGCAGCUGAUUGAGGCCGAUGGAGCCGGAGUUCUGCUACGGGAAUGGCUCUUGUGUGAGGACGGUCUACCCUGUUGCUGCCCGCGUCACACUCUACUUGGUCCUGGGGUCUGCGGUGGUCUUCACAGUGCUGGGGAACCUCUUUGUGAUCGUGGCCAUUUCUCACUUCAAACAACUCCACACGCCAACCAACUACCUGACCCUCUCCCUGGCCAUAACCGACCUCCUCCUGGGGGUGAUGGUCAUGUUCCCCGGAAUGAUUCGCUCCGUUGAGAGCUGUUGGUUCUUCGGGGAGAUGUUCUGCAGGCUAUUCAUCAGCUCAGACGUGUUGCUGUCCACCGCGUCCAUCUUGAACCUGUCCUUUAUAUCCAUAGACCGCUAUUAUGCCGUGUGCCAGCCUCUGCUCUACCCCCGUAAGAUAACGAUUCACACGGCAGUCGUCAUGAUCCUGGUCACAUGGUGUGUCUCUGCUGUGGUCGGCUUUGGAAUGAUCUUCCUAAAGCUGAAUAUUUGGGGAAUAGAGGAGUUCUACUAUAACAAAGUGGCGUGUGAGGGAGGGUGCUUUUUGUUUACGACUGGGGUGGCCAGCACACUCUCUGCCAUUAUCUCUUUCUACAUCCCCGGGGUCAUCAUGCUGGCCAUCUACCUGAAGAUCUACAUGGUUGCCCAGAGACAAGCACACAUCACAGGCCUACAGAACACCAGCUCCUCCAAGGUGGACAAACACCAGAGAAAAGCCACCAAAACGCUGGCCUUCGUCAUGGGAGUGUUUCUGUCUCUCUGGACGCCGUUUUUCCUCUGUUACAUCAUUGACCCCUACAUCGGCUACUCUGUUCCACCGGCCUUGUUCGACACUCUCGUGUGGCUGGGGUAUCUCAAUUCCACCAUCAACCCAUUGGUGUACGCCUUCUUCUACAGUUGGUUCAGGAAGGCGUUUCAAAUGAUUGUUUCUGGUCGCAUCUUUCGGUCGGACAUGUCAGACACAAAACUUUUCUCAGAGUGACAGUGGUUUGAUGUUGAGGCCUCCAAGAAGAUGUGGGGCCAUGAAAAUAAAGGCUUAUCAACUGAUGGGUUGAAAUUCCAAUAAAUUACAAAUGUUUGUCCCAUUAAAUCAGUCAUCAUAAUUUAGUCAUCAUUAAAAUAAAUAAAUACGAUUCAUUAAACCCAAAACCAGCCAAUUCUGGUAUUAUUUAAGGUACUAUUCAUGCUUUAAUCAUACUAUUCAAGUUUCUCUCGCAGAAAUUCCUGGUGUUGUGUCUUGUUGUGUCUUUACAAAUGCUUACUUAAGUGUUUGAUGUUAAACCCUGCUAAACCCACCCUGAAUCAUUUGCGUUCCGAAUUUUAGGAUGUUAUACUUCCACACCUGACAUGACCACAGGUGCACAGGUAGCUCUCACAUGGUAGCUCUCAUUCUCACGCAACCAAUUGGCUACUAUUGGCGUUAUCACGUGGCACAGAUUAUAUUUUCUGUGUUGUUUCCAGCAUUCUCGGAAAGUAUCUCCCCGACAUCAAUGCUGUGUAUCGGGACAGGACAUCCAUAGUUCAUUUAAAAUCAAUAAUGUAGCAUGGUUCACUCGAGUCCACUUUCUUUAACUGCAGAAACCUCAGAAAAGUGGAAAACAUGAAUGAUGGUUGACUUCAAACACUUGAAUUGGUCAAUGGCUAUAUGUGAAUGUUGUUAACUGACAAAAUAUAAAUCAAAUCUUGGAAUAAAUCUAUGGAAGAUCAGAUGUGUCUUUCUCUUCCCUACAUUUCCAUUCAAACUACAUUUCCAUUUGAAGUCCUUAAUCUUACACUGAUGAGCUUGUUAUUUUGUUUGACAUUGUACAUAUGUAGCAAGGCAACAUUUUCCCUUGAGCAAGGUAGAAAAAAGUAUGAAUUUAAUAAAGUCAUUAAAAUACAGCGUAAAAUGGUGUUGGCGUUAUGUGUCUCUUUCUCAACACAUCUUCCCGUCAACAUUGUCGACGUUGACAUUUACAGCCUUUUCUCAGAGAUUGUGAUUGCAUCUGGCCACAUUGUCUAGGGAAAUGGCCCAGUCAGAGCAGAGGCUGACUGUUUUGACCCUGACACCAUCUGGAAAAGAUAACUUAUAUAAAGCACAUCCUGCUUGUAGCCACUGAGUAUUCCUCUCUAGCUGACGGAGGUAAGCCCCCACUUAA